UUUCCCAUAAACCCCAGCACCGAAGUGGCUGAUGGUAUAUUGGAGAGCAGCGCUGUGACAGCGGAGCGCUACUGAGCAGACUCAAUCUAGUUAGCCAUGGCGGCGACAGGAGGAGGGAAAAUCAGAUCAAGAAGAUAUCACAUCGCUUCAAAACCGUAUGCCAAAGGCAAACAGCAGCCUGGCCUGAUCAGUCGAGUGACGGAUACAGUGAAGAGCAUAGUCCCCUCCUGGCUGCAGAAAUACUUCAACAAUGGAGACGUUCCAGAGGGUGAUUCCGCUGCAGGCGGGAUGGAGCGGAACAACGUGGCUCCUCCCCCCAAUGGCAACGAUGAAGCCGCCCCACUCCCAGAUGGACGAGACUCUCCAGAGCCGAGCACAAGUAACACAGAACCAUCUACAAGCAGAGCAUCGCUGAACUUCCAGGAAGCUCUUUCGAGACCUCCGCUCAAUCGGACCCACCUGCACUUCCCCUCCCUGGACGGCUCUCCUGCGUUAGGCGGCGCGAGCCCUCUCUUCUCCCAGCCCUCCACGUCCACAGCACCCUUCCCAGGGAGCCCUUUUGCUGUAACCUCCAACUUCUCCCUGGUAAAAGAGAUUAAGGACACCAGCUCUCAGCAUGAGGACGACAACAUCUCGACUACCAGCGGCUUUUCAUCACGUGCGUCUGAUAAAGAUGUUCCCACGUCAAAGACUGUGCCGCUCCUCUGGUCCCCAGAGUCUGAACGCACCCACUCUGGAUCGCAGACGGCCCAUUCUGGGCUCAAGAAACCAGCCUUCAAUCUGUCAGUCUUUGGCACUUCCUCAUCAUCAGUGUUGAACAGUUCAGUGCUGAACUCCAGUCAGUUGGGGGAUUCGCCCUUCUACCCAGGGAAGACCACAUAUGGAGGAGCUGCUGCGAUGAGAACGGCUCGCUCACGCCCGGCUACUCCUUACCAGCCUCCCGUUAGGAGGCAGAUAAAGGCAAAGCCGGCUGGAGCUCAACCCUGUGGAGUGACCAGCGCCACAGCGAGACGCAUCUUACAGUCCUUGGAGCGAAUGUCCAGUCCUCUUGCUGAUGCAAAAAGAAUUCCGUCUACGGUUUCAUCACCUCUGUCAGCGUCCUUGAAUCACACAGACCUUGACAUUUCAAAUUUCCAGGCAAAAAGGAAAAGGCUGGAGCCGUCAGUCCCUCCUGUGCAGAAGCUGGUGGUUCCUGCAGCUGCUGCAGUGUCUGGUAACCGCUCCAUAUCCUUUAGACCAUCACUGACCCCAGGUGGAGUGAACAGAGCGGUGGACAAAAACAACAGGGAGACUCCUGUAAGACAAUCCCCACCGAUUUCAGAUCCCACCCAGGCUCCCACUCCCAGUACAAGCAGUAUGUCCUACCCCAUGUCCAGCACCCCAUCAGCCAGCAGCACUGCUUCAGGAGGGGGCAAAAUGAAGAGGGAAAGAGCUAUUAGACCUUCAUCCAAACGACCUGAGGAUGAGGUUGCAGAGGAUCCAGACCUGCCGCCUGCCUCUCUUCCCAGCAAUUUCACUUUGCCCACGUUUAAUUUCUCCUCUCCUCCCCCUACCUCCUCGUUCACCUCCAGCACAACACCACUUACAACUGUCUCUGAGGAACCCCCAGCAAAAAAGGAGCCAGCGGCACCAUCCACACCACCAUCUGUCCCCUUCACAUUCUCUUCGCCUAUCGUAAAGGCAACAGCUGCCAGUCCUCCAUCUUUCUCUCCAUCAUCUGGAUUCACAUUCAGUGCACCUACGAUGAAAACAGGCCCCUCUUACUCCAAUGGGAAAAUUGUUCCAACAGUAGCACCAAUUAAAUCAGUGGCUAGUGAGGAAAAAGAGUUUGACGGACCCUUCAAACCUGCAAAGGUCUUAAAGCAGGGCAGUGUACUGGAUAUACUUAAAGGACCUGGAUUUGCAUCCCCCUCUCAGAACUCUGCUGAUAAACCUUCACAGUCUGCUUCAUUAUCAUCGGCUCCUCUUUCUGGUUUUGGUGACAAGUUUAGGCCACCUGCAGGGUCAUGGAGCUGUGGCACCUGCCUGGUGCAAAACAAGUCCUCGGACAAAAUGUGCGUGGCUUGUCUCGCGCCACAACCCAACACAGACUCUAAAUCGGACAGUAAACCCACAGUAGCUCCUGCAAGCAUCAGUUCCCUCUUUGCUCCUCCACCUGGUAGCUGGGAUUGUGACACAUGUCUGGUCAGGAAUAAACCGGAAGUAAUUAAAUGUGUAGCUUGUGACACGGCCAAACCCGGGACUGGAGUGAAAUCCAGCCUGACUCUACCGACUCUUUCGGAGACCUCAUCCACUCUCUCUGCCACAACCACAACGACCGCCACUUCAUCUACAGCAACUGGACUGUUAGGAUUUGGGGACAAAUUUAAGAAGCCAGAGGGGGCUUGGGAUUGUGACGUGUGCAUGGUUCAGAACAAAGCACAGGAUGUGAAAUGCGUAGCCUGUCAGAGCUCAAAACCAGGAGCUGUAGCCGCACCGGUCUCGACUCCAGCCUCCGCAC